UGCGCAUGCGCACACUAGCUAUAAAGUUAACUCCAGAACUUCGUAGCCAGGAAAGUUCUGAUUUAUAAAAUAGCAAGGGAAACGUCACAGGGUUGACAUGGCGUUUCGCCGAAGAAACAAGAGUUACCCUUUCUUCAGUCAGGAAUUCUUAAUUCAAAACCAUGCCGACAUCGUCUUUAGUUUGGUGAUUUUCAUUUUGAUUGGACUGAUGUUUGAGGCAACAGCCAAGACGGCCAUACUGUUCAUUCAGCCUCAGUACAAUGUCACCACACUAUCACCAGAGGGAGAGGUGACUUUGUACCAUUACGGAUGGAAGGACUGUGCCACCAUCCUCUUCUAUUUCUUCAUCGCCAUCAUCUUCCAUGCAAUAGUGCAGGAGUAUCUUCUAGAUAAAGUGAACCGGCGUCUCCACCUCUCCAAGAGCAAGAACACCAAGUUCAAUGAGUCGGGUCAACUGUGUGUGUUUCACUUGGUUUCUAGUGUGUGGAGUUUUUACAUCCUCAUAACAGAAGGAUAUCUCCUGCAUCCCAGCAGCCUCUGGGAGAACUAUCCCCAUGUACACCUCAGGUACACUGUCACAGAUGUAUUAAGAUAUGAAGUCAGUACAACUUUGCCGUUUGUCUUUCAGGAGGAGCUCUCUCGUCAGCUGCAGUACAUCUGCUUGUAUCUGCUGCAUAUCUCUGCAGCCUAUUUAUUAAAUUUGAGCCGUGUGGGUCUUGUGCUCCUCUUCCUCCAGUAUGUGUCAGAGCUGGGCUUCCAUGUUGCCAGACUCUUCUACUUCACUGAUGAGAACCAUCAGAAAAUGUUUGACCUGUGGGCGGUCAGCUUUGUGUUUACACGGAUGGCCACUCUGACCCUGAUGUUCCUUGCUGUUGGGUUUGGUUUGGCUCGUGCUGAGAACCAGGAGCUGGAUUUGGAGACGGGCAACUUCAACACUGUAUUGAUAAGGAUGACUGUUUUACUGCUGGUAUGUUUCACCCAAUCUUGGCUACUCUGGAAGUUUAUCCGCUUCCAGCUGAGGCGUUGGAGGGAGUUCAGACAUGAGCAGGCUGUUCGCAAGAAGGCUUCCACAAAACAACCCCUACGAUCACUGAAGAGAGACUCACUUGGUCACCAUGAAAACGGACUUCUUAAAGCUGAGAACGGAGCCUCUCCUCGGACCAAAAAACUCAAGUCUCCAUAAAAUAACCCACUGACUGGCCUGAACAGCGGCCUUAGCCCAGGCUAAGGUUUCUCAUCAGCACAACAGUGAGGCUGGCAGCUAUUGGUCACCAAGCUUCCGGUUGAGUAAGUCCUGACAUGCUACAGGGACUCGCUCGCUGCAGACUUGAAUGCUGGAAAAUGAAAUCUAAGGAAAUCCUUGAGCCCAACAGACAUUACUCUUCUCAUCAUAACAGUAUUUUUAUACAUCCACACAGCCUGUUAUCCCACUUUAAGGAGCACUGUUGUAUGCAUAAUGAUUCAAAUAUAGAGCGAACACAGAGUGUGACAUGUGUGUCAAAUAUGAAUGUGUUGAUGCAUAUCUUCAUACACAAGUACUGUAUUGGUUUUAGUGCUGUCCGAUGUUGUUCACAGCUCUUAUCAUUGAGCCGGCUUUGCUUGUUUUCUAGUCUGGUCCAUCGGAGCAGAAUAACAUUACUGAUGAUAUAAGCUUACUGUACGCUGGCUUUAACGUGAUCCCUUCACAGCAGGGAAGGGAUUUUGGCCAACCAGUAGAGCGCUCACCUGGGCUUCUCCCAGUGAUUUACGUCUGUCUAAAAAUUGUAUAUGUCACUGAUCACCUAACAGAUAUGCAUCAAGUAUGUAUGUUGGCUAUUGCAGCAUGGCAUUCCAUGUUUUUUCCUUUUUAAUUGUUUUGUUAAUUACUUUAUUAAAUAAUGCAGUUUUCUGAAA